AACUGCCGAAAUUUCAUUAACUACCGCUGAACUUAUGCCUUAGCAACAACCAUGUUGCCUGUUCCAAGGGUGUGGCCUGAUUUUGUGGGCGGUGCCCGUGAUGCCAACCUGGAAAUAAUAAGCGAUUUCAUCGAAUCCCUUUAGCCCGGCAAAACACUCGAAGCGCCCAGCGAAUGAAUUAUUAAUAUGGUCCAAACCCAGCAUUGAUAUUAUUUAUUUUCAGUGCACCAAACGUCAAGCAGUGAGAAAGCAUGGCAGCUUGCUUAGCAUGCCGAGUAAAACACUCGAGAAUAAUCGCCGACAUCGCAAAGUAUAUCCAGACACGCAGCGAGCACGUUGGCAUAAUUCCCUUUCGGAAAAGUAGAAUUAUAAUUUCUCAACUGAAAGUCCAAGCGCUGUUGUAAAGUUGCUACAUAUAAAUCGAAGUCGACAACUUCUAUACAGAAACGGAAAACUAUUUAUCGCUCACAAGUGAAUGCCACAUUAAACAUGGCCGCAAUGUAUAGCACAGUAUUAACACUCCUCCUCGUGACCUUUGCGUCCGUGGCAACGGCGCGCCCUACAUUCUGGGAUGCCUUCACGGUGUCCGAGCAUCCCGUAACGAUGACCAGCCCACACCCGGGACCCGGAAAUUAUCCCGCCCGGACCACGGAUUCCUGGGGAACCUACCCGCCAUGGACCACUGAUUAUCCUAAUUACUGGACGACGGGGAAUUAUUACGACUGGACUACAGCACGUCCUGACCAGUGGACAACCGGGAAUGACUGGAGCACACCACGUCCCGGAGCCUGGAAUACGGGAGGUUAUAACUGGGGGACGGACAGUCCUGGAAGCUGGAACACGGGGGGUUAUGAGUGGACAACGCCCCGUCCGGAAGGAUGGGCGACGGGCGGUUAUCCCUGGGCUACGGGACAAUACAGCUGGACGACUCCCCGACCGCACGGUGGUUGGACCACGGAUAGCUGGAAUACCGCGUAUCCGUGGUGGACCACCAACGGCUACCAGUGGACAACGGAUAGCUAUCAAUGGGGAACAAAUGGCUAUCAAUGGACAACGCCAGGAUAUCAAUGGAGCACCCGCCCUUGGUGGUUGAAUGACUGGACAACGCCGUCCUGGAACGAUUGGACAACCAGCCGCCCUGGAAACUAUUCAGCGGGAGCGAACUUUUGGACGACGGCCCAACCGUUCUGGGCUACUGGAACCAAUCUUCCCUGGACCAGUUCCCGCCCGGGAAACGCGACCGCCGGCUAUGCCCAAUGGUCAACCGGGACAUACCCACCGUGGACAACUGGUCGACCUGGGUACAUGACCUCCGGGUUUCCCAGUUGGACCACGAACCAGCCAUUCAGCCAAACAGGAUCAUUUUUCCAGGCGACCAGUCCUCGCCCGGGCACCGGGUCAUCCUGGACACCAGGGUGGGCCACCGGGGCUCCGGCGUGGACAAAUGGACCAUUUACUACCGGUGGCUGGUCCACGGCGGCGCCUUGGACAAACUUCCGUCCCGGUAGCGCUUUCUCAGGAACACCGGCGCAACCAUCUGCGGUCACUUUCCCGCCUGGAACCACUCCCCGACCUAGCAGCCCCCCACCGGUGAUAGUGUUCGGUCCAACUUCCAAACCGGGUUCCGGCUCGCCCAGCGCAACCACUGGGACCUCCCCACCAGGAACCAGCAUCCGUCCCGUUGGUUCCUCGAUCACAGCGGGAACAUCCACUGGUAGGCCACUUGGCUCUUCGGCUGCUCCAGGAAGCACAUCCCGCCCGGCUAGUGGUCCGCCUGCUCCAGCGGCCUCAACCGGUACCAACCCCGGGACACCCUCUCGUCCAGCCACACCUCCAGCCCCUACCACCCGACCUCCCGCUCCAUCGCCGGCGCCGAGCAGCACCGCCGGGCCAGGCAGCCCCCCGCCUACUUCGGGCCGCCCAAGCCCAACAAGCGGGCGCCCUGAACCGCCUACCACUAGACCUCCCAUCGAAAAGCCCUCAUCCGCUGCUCCCGCUAGUACGGGAACACCCCCGCGGCCGGCUGGCAGUACCGGCACCACCGGACGCCCGGGAAGCAGUGCCCAACCGACCACCACAUCUCGACCUGCGCCUAGCACCCGAAAGGCAUGAGACGGCUUUUCUGUUGUAAUGAUAGAAUGUGAUUUUUCUGAGUACAAGUCUGUAACUGCCGAAAUCGUUCGGUCUUUUAGAUAACUUUUUUUGAUAUUUUAUUUAAUAGUCUUUGGUUAAUAAGCGUCGCACGUAAUAGUGUGAUUUUCUCAUUCGCGGUGAUCGUGUGGAUUUCGGUAAAGCCGUCAUUACUCGCAUAUUAUUAAUUCAGUGUGAUUAAAAUUCCAGAGGUUUUGAAAUGCUUGACAGAAUCAAUAUGUAUAAAUGUACCCAUUGA